GAUGCAUCUUUUUAAAGUCUUGGACCUGGCCCUGAGGCGACGGUGGCCCUGGGCGGUCUUCGAAUUGAACUUGACUUGGAUCGCCUCCUGAGAGGCCAGAGGGCGCCAUGGGCCGCUACCGCAUCCGAGUGGUCACCGGGGCCUGGCUCUUCUCGGGAUCCCUCAACCUAGUGCGUCUGUGGCUGGUUGGGGCGCAUCGGGAGGCAAAACUGGAGCUGCAGCUGCGGCCAGCGCGGGGCAAGGAGGAAGAGUUUGACUUCGACGUUCCCGAGGACUUGGGGCCGCUGCAGUUUGUGAAACUGCACAAACAGCACACAGUUGUGGACGACGCCUGGUUCUGCAACCUCAUCACAGUUCAGGGACCCGGGACGAGCGCAGAGGCCGUGUUUCCCUGCUAUCGCUGGGUGCAGGGAGAGGGGAUCCUGAGCCUGCCGGAGGGGACCGCCCGCCUGGCAGGAGACAAUGCCUCGGAUGUCUUUCAGAAGCACAGAGAAAAGGAACUAAAAGAAAGGCAACAGACGUACUGCUGGGCCACCUGGAAGGAAGGCUUACCUCAGACAAUAGCAGCCGACUGUAAGGAUGACCUGCCUCCAAAUAUGAGAUUCCACGAGGAGAAGAGAUUGGACUUUGAAUGGACGCUGAAGGCGGGGGUUCUGGAAAUGGGCCUCAAACGUGUCUAUACCUUCCUGAGAAGCUGGGACCGUCUGGAAGACUUUGAUCAGAUCUUCUGGGGCCAGAAGAGUGUCUUGGCUGAGAAGGUUCACCGGUGUUGGCAGGACGAUGACCUCUUUGGUUACCAGUUUCUCAAUGGUGCCAACCCCAUGCUGUUGAGACGCUCUACUUCUCUGCCCUCCAGACUGGUACUGCCCUCUGGGACAGAGGAGCUUCAAGCUCAGUUGGAGAAAGAACUCAAGAAUGGAUCCCUGUUUGAAGCUGACUUUAUCCUGCUGGAUGGAAUUCCAGCUAAUGUGAUCCGAGGAGAACAACAGUACCUGGCUGCUCCUCUUGUCAUGCUGAGGAUGGACCCCGGUGGGAAGCUGCUGCCCAUGGCUAUCCAAAUUCAGCCUCCCAACCCUAGCUCCCCAGCUCCAACACUGUUCCUGCCCUCAGAUCCUCCACUCGCCUGGCUCUUAGCUAAGAUCUGGGUCCGAAAUGCAGAUUUCCAACUGCAGGAGCUCCAAUUCCAUUUGCUGAACACUCACCUCGUGGCUGAGGUCAUUGCUGUUGCCACCAUGAGGUGCCUCCCAGGACUGCACCCUAUCUUCAAGCUCCUAGUUCCACACAUCCGUUACACUAUGGAAAUUAACACUCGAAGCCGGACCCAGCUCAUCUCUGAUGGAGGAAUAUUUGAUCAGGUAGUGAGCACAGGUGGAGGCGGCCAUGUUCAGCUGCUCACUCGGGCAGUGGCUCAGCUGACUUACCACUCUCUCUGUCCUCCUGAUGAUCUGGCUAACCGAGGCCUGCUGAGGAUCCCAAGUGCUCUCUACGCUCAGGAUGCUUUACGGCUCUGGGAAGUCACUGCUAGGUAUGUGAAGGGGAUGGUCCAUCUCUUCUACCAGAGUGAUGAUAUUGUGAGGGGAGACCCAGAGCUGCAGGCCUGGUGUCGGGAGAUCACUGAGGUGGGGCUGUGCCAUGCCCAGGACAGAGGAUUCCCUGUCUCCUUCCAGACCCGGGCUCAGCUCUGCCAUUUCCUCACCAUGUGUGUCUUCACGUGCACAUCCCAGCAUGCUGCCAUCAACCAGGGUCAGCUGGACUGGUAUCGUUGGGUACCUAAUGCUCCAUGCACAAUGAGGAUGCCCCCACCUACCAACAAGGAUGAUGUGACGAUGGAGACCGUGAUGGGGUCGCUACCUGAUAUUCAGAAGUCCUGUCUUCAGAUGACCAUCACAUGGCACCUGGGUCGCCUCCAGCCAGACAUGGUACCUCUAGGACGCCACAAAGAAAAAUAUUUCUCAGACCCAAGGACCAAAGUUGUGCUCAGCCAAUUUCAAGCAGAUUUGGAAAACUUGGAGAAAGAGAUUACAGCCCGGAAUGAGCAACUUGACCUGCCCUAUGAGUACCUCAAGCCCAGCCGCAUAGAGAACAGUAUCACCAUCUAAGGCAGAGCUGCUGGGACCCAGAAGACUCCAUCAUCUCCAGAACUGCCACGACCCACUUGAUUCUGUGCCUCCUUAUAUCUGCUGCAGAGACUCUAACUUCUCUUCUAAAUACUCCACAUCAGUAUCCUACUACAGGGCACUAAAUGUUUUGCUGUUAAGAGGAACAGUUUAGUCUUUGGAGGUCCACCCACUUUCUACCACAAUUACUUAGCUCUCUCACUAUACUACUAGUGUGUGACUAUGUUCCAAUAAAACUUUAGGUGUGGACACUGAGAUGUGAACAUCACAUGUCACCAGGUAGUCUUUGGACUUGUCCAGCCAUUUAAAAACAAAAAAACGAAGCCAGGUAUGGUGGUGCACGCCUCUAAUCAUGGCAGGCAGAUGCAGCCAACCUCGAGUUCUACAGAUCUCUUGAGCCUACAGAGUGAGCUCCAGGACACCCGGUUUGUUGAGACCACAUCAAACAAAACAAAAUAAAACAAGGUACAAAAACAAAAGUACUAAGCACGAUUUCAGGUUAGAUUUGGUCUAACUUCAUACAAGCCUCAGGCCCCAAACCCAGUUUUCAAAACAUCCAAGAGCCCUGGCUGAGGAGAGGAAAAGUGUAUUUCUGGAUAGAAUCGACCACUUUGGCUAAUUCUCCUUUGCCAGGAACCAGACCUCAUGCUUGAUGGUCAAUGUGUAAAUUCCAGCCUCUUCCUCUCCACUUUCCCAUUCUGAACACAUACCCUGGAAUAGUUCUAAAUAAAGGUAUUACUGGCCCCAAAUAAAAACCAUCUCACCAAAUUGCUUCCUUCCCUAACAGUCACAAACAAGAGAGGCAGGAAACCCUGUUUCAAGACUACACUUCCAGCUCACUCGCAUCCAGCUACGACCGUGUGCUUCACAAGUUCUCUUCCCAACCAUUUUAAGAACAAUAUCCACAAAAUAAACAGAAAAACGUGGCACAAGCUUCCAGUCCAUGACCAUGUUCCUGUCUGGUGCGGAGGUCUUGAGAUUAAAAUAUUCUGUGGAUGCUGUGCUUACUAGGAUGGGCAUGCCAAUCUCAGUGCAAAAUUCUUUUUCAUCACUGGCCCUAAGCUAGAACCCCAGCCCUAGACGGGUGGGAGUGUUUUUUUAAACAUCUCUACCCCCAAAUACUACAAAUGUUUCUCACUAGUGGAGUUACCAAAUUUCUGUGUUGGGAGAGGAAGGCCUAGUCUUAUUUUUACAUCUGGGGCUUUGGAUGAGAAUGGCACCACAGGAUCAUGUAGGUGAAUGCUUGGUCAACAGCAAUGGAAUCCUUUGAAAGGAUUACAAGGGCUAGGAAGUGUGGCCUUGUUGGAGGAGGUGUGUCACUAGCGGUGGGCUUUGAGGUUUCAAAACCCCAUGCAUCAGUCCUACCUCCCACCUCCAAAACAGGAUUUAGCCCUCGGGUGCUGCUCCAGGCCAUGUUGUGUAUGCUGCCACGCUCGCUCCCCCCACCAUGAUAAUGAACUACGUUUCUGAAACUUUAGUUCACUUAGCAAGGCCACUUUCCUUCAUGUGACAUUUAUAACGAUACUGAAUUUCAAGUGAAGCAUUUCCGGCAUCACGAAGUCAACUAUUUAAAAGCAUUCCUCAAAGCAGGAUGCUUGGCCUGAGGAGGGGACUCCUCCUUUUUCUUUCCAAAGUGUCAAAGCAUCUUUCUAAAGGGAGCCCUGGCUAGAAGCGAUGUGCCCGCCUAUCGAAUCUCCCGGACUCGCUUACCGUCUCCCCAUCACAGAAGACCACCCAAGACUAAGAAGGUAUGUGAGGAUCCAGACGACCCCAAGCUUCUCGACCUGACGGAACAUCCCUAACGCUACUCAACAGUUUUGUGGCCUCUUUCCUGACAACGCGUUACAGCUGGUUCCUGGUCACGUGAUCUGCCAAAGCUUGGCCUACCACCCGUCACAGCGUUCGGUUCUGGGAGUCACCCCUCGGAGUGGUCCGCGCCCGAGGCCACGCCUCCCCGUCGCUCGGCGCCGCGCAAGUCCCCAAAUCCUGCUCCCGUCCCAGCGUCUCCAGGGUUCCCUCUCCCUGCCUCUGCGCCGCGCUCCGCUCUGUCUCUAGCGAUCCC